AUGACUAUGAGCCAUCGUCAUUCCCAACCUCUCCUGCAGCAUAUGAUCAGUUUUCCUGGCCGCCUCCCGGACUUUCGCCAUACUCGUCGUCUUAUGACUAUGACCAUGACCGUUACGAGCGUGAACGCUACGAACAUGAUCGUUACGAGCGUGAACGCUACGAACAUGAACGUUAUGAGCGUGAACGCUAUGAACGUGAACGCUAUGAGCAAGAGCGCUACGAGCGUGACCGCUAUGAGCAUGAUCGCUACUAUGACUAUGAUCGCUAUGAGCAGGACCGCUACGAGCACAGUCGAAGUGGGAAUGGGCGAUAUGGACAUGAGCGAUACGGACAUGAACGAUGGGACGACCGAUAUGGACGUGAGCGCUACAACCAGAAGUUGCCAGACUACAUUGAUCCAAGGAUACCCUCAACUCAUCCUGACCCGGAGUAUUUGGCCUACCUUGACUCGCUGUACACUCCAUUGGAAGGCAUGCCACAAGCGCCCAUUAUGCCAGACUUCGAUGACUGGCGAGCUGAUGAUUGGAGGUGGUAUUUUGUGA